AUGCCAUCGUACCGCAUGUACUGGCAGACGGCAACCCGCUACGGCCCAAUUGCGACAGUCAUGGGACAUAAGCGAUUUGAUAAUCUGCGUACAUACAUCCACAUGAACGACAAUACCAAUGUGAAGCAAAAGGGUGAGCCUGGAUACGAUCCAUUGUUCAAGGUGCGUCCAGUUCUUGAGAAAGUCUGUGCCAACUGUUUGAAGGUUGAACCAGAAGUAAACCACUCCAUUGAUGAGCAGAUGAUCCCCUUCAAAGGAAAGAUUGGAAUGAAGCAGUAUAUCAAGAACAAGCCGCAUAAAUGGGGAAUCAAGGUCUUUACUCGUGCAGGUGUCACUGGACUAGUCUAUGACUUUGAAGUAUACACUGGAAAAGGGACCGUGACCAAUGAGCGUGGACUUGGUGUUGCCGGUGAAGUUGUGCUUCGUCUCGUAUCAGAAGUUCCAAAAGGACUAAACUACAAGUGCUUCUUCGACAACUGGUUCACUUCCCCUGAACUCAUUGUGGAACUGAAGAAAAUGGGAAUUCUAACAGUUGCUACCAUCAAUCGUAACCGUCUCCGUGGAUGUACCCUCAAGAGUGACAAGGAACUCUCAAAGGCCGGGCGUGGUGCAUAUGAAGUGAAAUACGAAAAGACAAGUGGGAUGUCCAUCGUGAAGUGGUAUGAUAACAAGGCAGUGUUGCUGGCAACAUCCUUCAUUGGCCCUGAACCUGUUGAGAGAUGCAGAAGGUGGUCGAAAGAGAAGAAGGAAUAUGUGGAAGUGGACAGACCCCACAUUGUCAAGGUGUACAACCACAACAUGGGAGGAGUCGACUUAGCAGACAUGUUUGCAGCUCUCUAUCGCAUUGACAUCCGCCCACGACGUUGGUAUCUGCGCAUCUUGUACUAUUUGAUUGACUUAGCACUGGUCAAUGGUUGGCUCCUCUAUCGCCGUCAUCUCACCCAGAAGCAGGAGAAGAAGUAUAUGCCACUUCUUGACUUCCGUGUUCAAGUUGCAGAUGCCCUCAUCAAGGUUGGCAAACAGGCUGACUUGAACAGUAGGAAAAGAGGACGACCGUCAUUGGAAGAUGAUCCAACGUCCCAUCAAGCUGCCCCACCUCCACCUCCACUUCAGAGGAUCUCUGCACCAUCGGUUGAUGUCAGAUUAGACCGAUGCGAUCAUUUCCCCCUCCAUGCUGAGAAACGUGGACGAUGCAGACUGUGCAAGAAUGGCUGCACGCAAAUGGCCUGCCUUAAGUGCAAAGUACUUCUGUGCUUUACAAAAGACAAAAACUGUUUCUUGGAGUACCACACGACAAAGUGA